AUGUACGAACAAAUCGCUCCCCCAGCAUCUGACAGUGCGUCCGCAGGAGAGAACGGCGAAAAUAAUGUUCGAAAGCGCAUUCCGUGCCCAUUUGACCCUAGCCACACGGCUUGGGCAGACGAUCUGAAGACACAUCUUUACAAAUGCAAUGCACGACCAAGGGAUAAUCCGGCGCAAUACUCCCUGGAUGUAAACUUGACAUUGCCGCGGCCCGGGCAAACCACAGACAAUGGAAUAACACCUACAGGAACUACAACAACAACACCCAAGAGCGAUAUUCUUGCUACUCUUUCACAGGAGCAACUUCUGUCGCUCAUCAAGAAGAUCCAGGACUUGCACUCCAAGUGUGUACCGGAGAUCAGGACGCUGAUCCUCAACCACCCCGCCCUAGACGAGCGCAAGAGAAUUGUAAAGAACAUCAAGCACGCACACCAGCAGGCAUCUCUUCUUGGACAUAUGAAGCGGCUCAAUAUGCUGGACGACCCAACUUCCUGCUAUGUCGAAUUUGGCGCCGGUCGAGGCGAACUCUCCAACUAUCUCAAAAUCGCCGUCGAUGACCAUGGAACGGCAACAUUUAUCCUUGUAGAUCGCACACCAUCCCGCAACAAGUUUGACAGCGCCAUUUUGGGAUUAGAAGAGAUCAAAUCGCUGGUCAAGAGGCACACUAUGGACAUCAAGGAUCUUGAGCUAGCGAAACCGGGAUAUGUGGAUAAGAAACCAGUUGUGGCCAUGUCAAAGCAUCUUUGUGGAGGCGCAACGGAUCUCACGCUCAAGUGUCUCACUCAAUACCAGCAAAGUGAGCGUGAAAAAUCGCCGCUGCCUUCUCCCGUCAAGGGUAUUCUGAUUGCUCUUUGCUGCCACCAGCUUUGUCACUACUACAUGUACCCCAACCAGGCGUUCUUGAAGGAGAUCGACAUCAGUCCCGAGGAGUUCGUGUAUUUGACACGCAUGAGCAGCUGGGCUGUUUGUGUGAAUCAGACAAAGUCGGCCGAUAAGCAGGGCGCCUCCAGCAGCAGCAACAACAACAGCAGCAACGGGGGCGCCACCACAGGUGAUGAUGAACAUCGUGUCGAGGCAGAUAAGGAGCUGGAGGAACUUGGCUCUCAUAUCCCUACUCUGGAUUUCCAGGCUCGCGAGCGCCUCGGACAGCAGUGCAAGCGGUUGUUGGAUAUUGGCCGCGUGCGAUAUCUGCAGGAGAAUGGAUUCGAUGCUGAGCUCGUUUAUUAUGUCGAUAAAGAGACUUCGUUGGAGAACUUGGCAUUGAUGGCAGUGCCUUCAUCGUCUUCAGCUUAG